AUGACGAUCUGUACUUAUAGCGCCCGAACGCUUGCAUCGGAAGCGGCCAUCAAAGAUCUGAUGAUGCAUGCCAAGAAGAUUAAAUACGACUUCAUCGGACUAACCGAGACGAGACGACGUCACCCUCUCAAUGUCGUAUAUGAAACUGGAGAAGAACUGUUCUUAGGAACAUGCGACAGUAGAGGAGUUAGUGGAGUUGGCGUCCUCGUCAACACGAGUAUGGCAAAGAACAUCGACUCUUUCAAACAACUUACGACGCGAAUCGGACGUCUGCGGAUGAGAAGAUGUGGUCCAACACGAACUUUGACUAUGUUAGUCGCUUACGCUCCAACAUCAAGCUACGAAGAAGAAGAAAUCGAAGCUUUCUAUAUGGACCAAGAGAAGUCUACCGAGCAGAUCAUGCCUUCAACAAAGUCAUAA